AAUGUUUUUUGGUUUUUUUUUAUUUUCAGCCUGAUGGUAGCAUGGCUCUAGACAGUGACGAAGGAGAGGAACCUUCUCCAGAAGCAAUGGCUCGAUAUCUGUCGAUGAGGAGGCACACAGUGGGGGUUCCAGACCAAAGGACGGAGGGGCAGGAGGACCUCCAGAAGCUGCCCCCUGGUUUCCCUCGAGGGGUGGUACCACAACCACCCUUCCCCACUCUGGCUCCCACUAUGGGCCAAAUGCAUACGCUCAUGCCCACUCAGAGCCUGCAGCCCACACAGCAGCUGGAAUACAAGGAGCAGUCCUUAUUACAGCCGCCCACCCUGCAGUUGCUCAAUGGCAUGGGACCACUCGGGCGCAGAGCCUCAGACGGUGGGGCAAACAUUCAGCUUCAUGCACAGCUCCUCAAGAGGCCCCGGGGCCCCUCUCCUUUGGUCACCAGUCCUGUGGGACACCCAAUCCCUGUGGCUCCUGUGGAUGAGGAAGGCUCAGACGGCGAGCCUGACCAGGAGGCUGUGCAGAGGUACCUGGCGAACCGCACCAAGCGGCACACGACGCACACGCCCAUGAGCACAACGCAUGGCGAGCCCUCUGCAGAGGCGCAGCGGCCCCAGGGCCCCCGCCAGAGGGCACUGUGGGCCCCCGACAUACACAUUCGGUCGAAUUAUAAGGACACUCUUCACCUGCCCAUGGAACGGUUCUCUCCUGUGCGGCGAUUCUCAGAUGGAGCUGCCACCAUCCAGGCCUUCAAAGCCCAACUGGAACACAGCAGCCUCAUCAAGCAACUCAAGCAGGAGUGUGAGCAGCUUCAGAAGAUGUACGCUGCACAUCAGGAUGAGAAGAUCCUGGAGCACACCCAGCAGCAACAUAUUCUCUACCAGCAAGAGCAACAGCAAAUCCUCCACCAGCAAAUCCAGGGUCUGUCUUUAGGCCACGGAGAGAGCCAGCCCAGUCAUCUAACCCACCAGCUGCAGAGGCUCCGCAUCCAGCCCUCCAGUCCUCCUCCAACUCACCCCAGCAACCAUCUAUUCAGACAGCCCAACCAGAGUCCCCCGCCUGGCUCUGCCGCCUUAAUGCAAGGACACGGAGGUCCUUCACAAGUGCAGUACGGAGCCCCAGCACUUUAUCAGGGCCAGAGUGGAAGCCCGCCGCCCACAGGUUUACCACGAGUGUCUCUCUCGCCCAAUCAGCAAGCAGCAUCCGCCCGCCCCGCAGUCCCACUGGCACAGGGGGUACCUCAACAACAGCAGGUGACGAUCCAGGUGCAGGAGGUGGAGCUGGGGGGUGGGGCUCAGCGACCGGGCGGUUUUCUGGCAACACCAUGUCACAGGGUCCUGGGGAAACAGCUCAGUGCAGACAAUGCAGAGACGCACAGUCGCAGUCUGGGCCGCUUCACUUCAGCCUAUGACCAGGCCCAGUUCAACCCUCACCUCUUCUCUGGCGACGCUGCCUCUCGGGGAGCCUCUGGGGUGGUUGGCUCCUACAGUCCGUACCUACAGGGCACCUCUCUCAAAGUUCCUGGGCUGGAGGGGUACCAGAGUGGGGCAGUCGGGGGCAAUUAUGGCGCCCCGUCUGCACUACAACAGGCUUUGCUCUCCCCUACCCCCAUAGACUACCGUCCCCCUCAGCAACACGUCACCCCCACCCUCCAGGGCCUCCUCUCCCCACGCCACUCUUUAACAGGACAUGCAGAUCCCAGGCUGAACCCACAAGACCUGGCUGCACUGUUGAAAAGGCAGACCCCACGACAAGGUACAGCACCCCCUACCCCUCCCAGCAGUACCCCACAGGACUACGGGGAAAUGCUGCUACUUCGCCAGCUCAGCCAAGGGGAGAGCCUAGAGCCACCCUCUCAGCAGCCCGCUCAAACAAACCAACACUAUCAUCACCUGCUACAAAUAAGAUCCCCAGAUGUCCAGCCACAGACCCUCCCCUCCCAGCCUGCCCUGCCCCAUUCGGAGAGCAUGGAAGAAGACGAGGUGCCCACACCCUUCCACCACCCUCACGAGGGACUGCUGGCCAAAGCGGGAGAGGGGCAUGAACUACUAGGCCCGCCCAGAGGAGGAACGCCCCCAUACAACUCCCCUACACACAGGCACGGAUACAUUAGAAACGCCCCAGCAAAUAGAGAAUCUGAGCAUGUGGACUGUCGAGCCGGGGGGCAGGCCAUGGAGGUCCCUGAUCAUAACGGUGUGGGCUACUCCAGAUCGCAGCAGGGUGACGCAUAUAGGUCCCGUGGACAGCUUCAGCGCCACCACACCAUCCAGACGGCAGACGAUGCUUACGACCAGGCAGAUCCCAUGUCGGGGAUGAGUCUUUUGGCCGGAAAAGCCCUCAGCUCAGCGCGCAUGUCUGACAUCCUCAGCCAGACGUCGCUCACAGGAAGCCAGCAGCUGCACCAGCGAGAGGAGUCCGUGUGUGAUGUUGAAGGAGAGCUACAUGCGGCGGCCGCCUGUUAUCCCUCAUCCUGCACCAGUGACAUGCUCCUCAGCUACAAGCCCCCAGACCUGCAGUACAGCAUGGAGCAGGCCGGGGUCUAGCACAGGUGGAUGUGUAUCCUGUGUACAGCGGUCCAUAUCAGCCAUCCUGAGUUGAGCAGCAUCACGCCUCACCACCGUCGUCGGCCCGAGCGCUCCGUGUGUCUGUCCCAUUUGUUUUGGGGGGUCUGCGUGAGGGGGGUGGGUGAUUUGGGGAUGGGAGGGGGGUGUACAUAACAUACGGGUGGGACCUUCUUCAGUUCAAAGGUCAAAGGUCAAAGUGCCAGCAUCUUCUGCACAGACAUCCAGCACUCAUUGCCACUGGCUGUCCAUAGAUUUACAUUUUCAGGGGGUCGCCACACUUGCCCCAUCUCGUUGUAUUCUGAAUCGGACCCUACUCUGCCCCUGUCUACGCCUCUUCUUUUCAGUGUGCCUGUCUAUAUCAGCAUGGACAGUCAUUCUCACACCAAUACACGAUGUUGCCACAAACCCAAAGUAUUGAGUUCAGACCUGGCUUUUGUCCAGAAAACUACGAGGUUCAGUCCGCUCCCCUUUUGCGUUCCUGUGGCGAUCAUUCCCGGGCGGAUUCUAACCUCGAAUUAUUGGACUAAAAGCAGGAAGUGGUGCGUUUCAUUUUCGGGAUCUGUAUUUCCAAAGAUGGUUAAUCAACAUCGCACAGGACAUACCAGCUCUCUUCAUACGUGUUACUUUAGUUUGUUUGUUUUAUUUUGAAAUUCAUUUUUGCAGCCAAUGUUCGUGUAGGCAUUAGUGUAUGGUCAAUAUUGUUACUCUUACUGUUUUCUGUAAAGAACUUUUAUUAUAUUAAUUAUAUUAUUAUUAACAGAAAAACAGUACUGUGUUGCAAGGAAGAAAUUGUUCUCUAUUACUUAACUAAUUCUGCACUUUCUUUCAAACUACCCUAUUGUCUGUUACAGUGCCCACUGUUGACGCCCCCUCUUCAAUGCCAUAACCCUGCUUACAUGCAUUUCCAUACUGCUUUCUCCUUUCCAUGUCAAAGUGAAAGUGUAUUGCAUUGUGGGUAGUUUUACCAAACAUUUGCUCCUCCUACUUUCCUUGUACAGUUAUGCGAUGUAUAGAGCGCUAUUGCCAUUUCUGUAUGUAAUCUAACUUUUUAUUUUUUUUGUUUGUUUUUAAAGUCGUCUGAGAGGCUUUUUUAUAUUAUUUUUUUGGUCAUUUGUAAUUUUUGGAACAUCUUUACCAUGUUACUUUUUUGUUUAAUGAACCUUGAGAUUUCUAGCCAAAAGAGGACAGAGAGAAGAGGCUCUUUCUGUGUUGUAAAAGAUUGUUCUUAUUGUUUUAAUAUUAUUCUAUUGAGACACUUGAAUAAGAGGAGAGUAAUUAUUUUGUGUUGCUUUUAAAAGUAUCAUUUCAAAAGUUGUUGAUGUUGUAAAACGUCAUUCUCGUCAAUGUUUUUGGGGCCUGUUUCUGUUUUGAAAAGGUUUGUGGCAGGCUAUACAGGGUCAGACAUUUUGGGGGCUGUGGGAUGGAUGGGUGCUAUUACAAAAAGACUUCUUCAACAAAAAAGAUGAAAAAAAUGUCCAUUAAAAGCAAGGAAAUAACUUGUAAAAUAGCUGACAUAUCAUCUUUAAUGUCACGAUGUGGACACAGACAAACCAUUUCUGUUCAUGCUGUCCCUGCUUCAAGCCUGUACCAUCUUCUCUUGCUUUGAAUGACGCCUUAUGGACCAGACAGGACCCCUCCUCCUUCCAGGCUAGCAUUGUUACAACCAAGGAGGACACUACUAUUAUUAUUACAUUUUCUGCUUCAUUUUGCAUAUUUUACCUUUUGCUCCCCUCAAAAAGCCUGGGAAAGAUGCAUUGAAAAGUGAGAUUUCUACCCAGUGGAUGGUUGAAAGGAUCUAUAGAACUGCACUUGCCUCCUUUUAACAUAAGGAGGUAGGAAAGGAAAUGAAUGGACUUAAAAAGCAAAACCAAUACAAUACAUGGCCGUGUUUGUGGCUUUGGACCUCAGCUUCAUUGUGAAAAGCUACAGGAGCCCUUGAUGUUUUAUAUUAAUUUAAUUUUGCUUCUUCUCAUUAAGCAUCACCCCAGGAUUGGGCCAGAAAGAGAUUUAAGGCUAUAGAUUUUUACUGUAAACAAUAUACUGUAAUAUGUUAUAUGUUAUAUAGAGCUGUAGGAGGUCUCAAUGACAUCUGUGCUUCCCAUGUACCUGUCUAUAUCUGAUGCACAAUUUACUUUCCUUCAUUUGAGUGGCUGAGCUGUAAUUAUAAUAACACUUAUAUUAUAAUUUAGUUUUUCAUGGCUAUUACGGAAAUAUAAUAUGUAUUUUCAGUGAUAUUUUCAUGGGUCAUUUCAGACCGUGAUAAGAGUAAAGUACUGACAGUAGCAAAAGUUAUCCCUUAUUUAUAUUGUCACGCUUUGUGCUAACUUUCAUGUUAUGUGGAAAUACUACAAACUAUAUUGGCUAAUACUAAGUAAAUAAUGUACUUAGUCAUGGUUGUUUGCAGUAUAUUCUUUUAGUGGAAUACUGUUACUUGAGUGUAUAUAUUUUUUUUCAUACAAAAUUGGGCAAAGUAGGUUUUAAUAUCACAAUAUUUGAUUCGAUGCUAAUGCAAGACAAUAAAACUAAAGAGAAUAUAGUAUAAUAGACUAUAGUACUGUAUGUUUUGGCGAUAUCAGGUUUUCAUCUUUUCAUGCUUGUGUGUGUAAAGCCUAAUACUCUGAAAGUUUUACCUAAUUCUCAGUGUUAGGCUAGGUUUAUGAAAUUUCCUGAAAUUUUAAAUAGGAAUAUUGCAUAUGCUUGUAUACAGCUAAGUUCAAAAUUAGGUUGUGAUUCUUGUGUGGGUGGAAUUUAAAACUUUGCCUACUCUCAAUUUUGUAUUUGGGACAAGCAAAAGAGUCCUUUGUGACUCAUUGUGGCUGUAUUGUAGUUUAAAAUAUUAUUAGGAUUUAUUAGUUUGGUAUAGACUUUCACACUUGCCGCAAACAGACACUUGUAUAUGGGAAGCACAGUUGAAUGCUGGGAAAAGAGUUGUAUUUGAACCUGAAUGGCCCUUUCCUGCUAAACCCCUUUCUGUUCGCAACAAGGCAACUCUCCGCUCCACGCCUGUUUCCUAAUUUUAAUUUAAUGUUUUUAUUUCAUUUUUUAUUGAGUUCAUUUUGUCCCUUUUCUGUUUAUGUUCAUUUGAGUACAAAUACUAAAGUGCAACAAUGAUUAAAAAGAAUAUCAACCAAACUGAGAUGAAUAAAUAAAUAUAUAUAAAUAAAGAAAUAAUUUAAAAAGGA